UACAUAAUUAUUGUGUUGUGGGUUCAUGUUUGGAUAAUUAGAAUGUCAGGAUAAUUAGAAGUUUUGUCCUGGCAUUUUGAGGUUCGAAUUAUCAGGAUUCCACCUGUACUAAUAGACUUCAGUAUCCCUUCAAAUCCGGUCCUGGGUUUGUAUGGUGUUUGUAAACAAACCACUUGGACCUCGAGACAGGAUUGGCUACCGUUUACUCGCUGGCCAUAGCCAAGGCUGGGAAGACCGCAAUGGCGACAAUUGAUCCUUGUAGCUCCAAGGGAAAUAUUCGGGUGGGCUUCAUUGGAGCUGGCGCGGUAAACUUCGGAGGAACGCUUGGUCCAUGGGAUCACGCCAGUAGACUGGAGAAAAUUGAGCAGGUGAGAUUUGUGGCUAUCUGCGAUGCCAUAGCUGGUAAAGCUGAGGAAGUUCUAGCCGGUCGGAAGAAUGGAGCAAAUGCAGGCAAGUAUGAAUAUUGCACAGCGUAUGAAGACUACAAGUUGAUGCUGCAGCAGGAGAAACUGGAUGCUGUAUUCAUCGGCGUUCCACCAUUCACCCAUGGCCAUUUCGACCGCCCAAUCGAGUUGGACUGCGUACGAGCCGGUGUGCACUGUUUCGUAGAGAAGCCGCUAUCCGUGAAACCAGUAGCGGAGGUAGAUGCAUACAUGCAAGCUGUACUGGAGGAGCAGAAGCGACAGAACUUGGUGGUGUCCGUAGGGUACAUGUUCAGAUACCACCCAGCCAUCAGGCGAAUGAAACAGCUGAUCUUGGAGCAUAGCUCCUCAACUGGUGCCAAGCUCACGUACUUGCAGCUUACGUACAAGAAUGCAUACAACCACUCAACCAACUACAAUUGGUGGCGUAAGGAAUUGUCUGGGGGCCCGGUGGUCGAGCAAGCUACCCAUUUCUGUGACAUGGCUAGAUUUAUUGCCGGUGAUAUUGUUGAUGGCUCCAUUCGGACGAAGGUUCUUUGUCAUGAUCACCCGUCGGGCGCAGGGAGACUGCACAGCGUACCCGACAUCGUUAGGGAGUACGAAGUGGCAGAAGAAGAGCGUGUUCCGCGUGUGACUGUGGCGCACUGGCGCUUCAACUCCGGUGCCAUUGGCCAGCUUAGUCACGGCGCUCAGCUCCACGGCAGGAAGUACGAGGCAUGCCUGGAAGCCUGGGCAGACGGGCUCAGGAUAUCAGUGGAUGAUCCCUACACCAAGGCAUGCAGGCUAGCAUACCGUCAGGGAGACACAGACGACGAGGUGGUGGAGAGGUUCCCGGACGCCGACGCCUACAUGGAGGAAGAUAAAGCGUUUAUUAGCGCAGUUUGUACCGGCAACCAUAGCAGCAUUGAAAGCAUGUAUGAAGAUGCAAUGGAAAGCUACUCGUUGUCCUGGUCAAUACGCUCUUCUUCAGAGUCUCUCCAAGCCAAGUCGUGAUCAUCGACAGGCGCCUCGGAGUUGGAGCCGGUCGUCUAGUCACGUGAAUGUCAGCUCUCUGGAUGUUGUGGACCUUAAGUGCUGAAUGUUAGCCCAGAUGUGGUGAGCCAUACUGGGACAUCAAUUGCAGUGAUCCGGCCUGUAGGCCAAUCCACUGAGAUAUUGAGCACAUGUAGUAAGUACACGUCUCAUCAGGAGCUCAACACAACUACAGUUGUAGCAGUGCAAAGGAUUGAUCACAUCGCAUCAGGAGCUCAACACAACUACAGUUGUAGCAGUGCAAAGGAUUGAUCACAUCGCAUCAGGAGCUCAACACAACUACAGUUGUAGCAGUGCAAAGGAUUGAUUACAUCGCAUCAGGAGGUCAACACAACUACAGUUGUAGCAGUGCAAAGGAUUGAUCACAUCUCAUCAGGAGCUCAACACAACUACAGUUGUAGCAGUGCAAAGCCUGAUUGAUUACAUCUCAUCAGUGUAGUUUCGAAGGGCCCUGUUCUGACCCUAUAGCUCCAGAAACGUCGGGACUUGAUCACAACCGUAUCAUUCUCUGAUAAUUUACCUGCGGCUGCUCCCAUCACAGUAGCAGACUAGCUUAACCAGGAGCCAUGGCAUUCAACUCACACCAGUACUUCUGCUUGAGAACACACCGUGAUUUACUCUAGGCUGUAUUUUUUGAAUUUCUUGAAAUAAUCUGUCCGUAUCAAUUCCCUGGUUUUGCUUCUGUCUUUGUGGAAGCUAUCUGUUUAUGGCAAUUGCUUCAAUCUGCAGACAGUAGUGUGUCAAUUGCUUGAUGUCGACAAAGAGGCUAUUACAGUU